AUGAAAAGGAAGGCCAAAACACUUCUUUUCCUACUCACCCUCUCAUUAUUUUUAUGCAAGCUGCCGGUGCUCCAUGGAAAACAAAGCGACAACGAUGGCCCACAGAGCAACACAAUCACCUUCACGGACGAAGACCUCAGGGGAAUUGAAGUCCCUCACAACGACCGCCUUGUGGUCUCCAUGACCGUCGCAAACUCUACAAGACUGGAUAAGAUUCUCGUGGCCAACGGCGCUUCAGCCAACGUUCUUUUCUUCCACGCUUUAAAGCGAUUAGGGUUUACAGAGAGAGACGUGGAGAAGGUGGAGAUUCCCCGUGAUUAUGUAGACCCUAAGUCGUUUUUGGGGAUAAUAGCUCUCCCGGUGACGAUUGGGGACGAGCCGAGAUCGAGCACGGUCAUGGUGGACUUCUGGGUGCAUGCGGGCUACUCCUUUGCAGCAUACGACGCCAUUUUUGGCAUACCGGGGUUAAGCGCACUGCGGGGAGUAUCGUCUACUUACCACCUUCUCCUCCGGUUCCCUACAGAAGCCGGAAUCGGACAAGUUCGAGGCGAUCAGCUGCUAGCUAGAAAGUUGGUGAAGAAGCUCCUGCAGAUGCAAGUGAAGGCCGGGGACGUUGACACCCAUUUGAACUGGUUGGUGGCUUUAAUACCGUUACUUAUUAUGGUUUUUGCAAGAGGCAAUGUCCAUCCCUUGCUCUAA